ACCACACUUCCGGGGUCGGCUCGCGGCUUUUUCCUGUCCCGCCCAGUGAGGCGGUUCCGGCAGCGAGUGCGAGGAGGUGCCUGGACAAAUUCCGUGGCAGUUGGACAGCAAAAUGGCCACCAAGAUGGAGAGCAACGAGAAUGUAGUCAUGACCUUCUAUAACCCCGAGGUUCCCAAAGUAAAAGGGAAGCGGACAUACCAAAAGCCUACGCUGCCCACCAACAAACACCCGGGGGCCUCGAUGCCUCCCCAGCGGCGGCAGCAGCACGUGCAUCAGACACACACCUACCUCCGGAUGUUCUGCGGCAGCCUCUGCGGCUUCAGCCUCCUCGUGGCCCUCUGCACGAGCCCCCUGAGCUGGGUGCAGCUGUUGGUGAUCAGAGACGGCACGGAGCUCUACGCGGGACUCUGGACCCUGUGCAGCCACGAGCUGUGCUGGACCCACACGCCCAGGCCACCCUACUACCUCCAGUUUUCCAGGGCCGCCUCCAUCAUCUCCAUCCUCACCACCCUCACUGGCCUUGGCUGGCUCUUAUACUCUUGCCUCCCUGGAAGGGGAAUUGUCUCCAACUUGGAUCUGAAGCUAUCCAUGCUCAGCUUCGCCUCAGCCGCCUGCUUGCUCUUGUGCCUCAGCUUGUUUCUGGAGCAGGUCAACUGGCACUCGAAGGACACCAUGGAGCCAGAUUUCUUGUGGACUUACCACCUGAACUGGUGGGGAGACUUCUUGUACACGUCUGCUGGGAUCAUCUCUUUUCUCAACUACCUAUCUCUCAUGGUUCUUCCCUCUGACCAAAGCGCCGCUGUGCCUGAGCCAGUAGAGGCCUCGCGGCUGGGGAUCGGUCCAGUGACAACAGAGGAGCUUGCUGAAGACGAAGAGUCAGAUUCUUCGUAAAAAAAAAUAAUAAUAAAAAAUCAAGCAAACGACCAAGUACGGAACUGAGGCGGCAGCGGGAACACCUCUCUGCCGGUUGUCUUACAAAUGGGGGAGAAGCGGAGUUGGCAAUAAU